CACCUCUCUGAGACUUGCAGGUCCUCCUAAGACUAAUGGAGAACAAGGGAGACCAACUCAGCCCAGCGAGAACAAUAUCCAGCCCACAGAAACAGUCUGGCACCCAACAUGCGCCAUAUGCGACCCCACCAAAUACUACGGACAACAUCACACUACUGCCUACUCUCCCAACACCAGCAGCCAACAACAGCGCACAGAAACGUGCAUGGGACCCGCGACCGACCCGCUCUCCCGCUUCAAGCAGAACUACUCCGCUUCACUUAUCAUUCACCUGCCUAUAUACAGCAAUACAACCAUGCGUAUUGGCUUCUCCCGCACCCCAGCGCCUCCUAGGUGCUUUAGCGAACAUGCUCGCGGCCCCGGCACUCGCCACAGGGUCGCCUCAGCUCGCGUACCUCCACAACACCUGCUCGUUAGUGCCACACGCACCUUCAAAGACCCUACUCAACCGAUAAUCGACGAACUAGGACAAAUCAGGGCGGCCUCCACCGCACUCUCGGCGGUGGGCUUCUCGCACGCAGCGAUCACCGGUGGAUACUCUGGCGUGGAAAACCAGGACAGCCUCAUUCUCAAAGGCAUCGCCAGCUCCAGCUCGAUCAGCCGCAACCAAGAAUCGGUCAUGGUGAAAGACAAGAAACUCACCAUCUACUCUAAGGAGGGCCUCAACAACCACAUUCAGAGCAAGCUAGCCAACAUUGACGUUGACCUGGGCCAGAUCACGCUGAAGCCCACAUUCCGGGGCCGCGAGACUACUUUUUCCGCUCUCGGCAUGCCCAUCAGCUCAAACUCCUUUGAGCUAGUGGGACCGCCGGCGUCAAUUGCCUACCUGGACCACAACAAAGCUACUUGGCUGGGACCACUUGCACUGCUCGACACCACUUCGGGCGCCACGGUGACCAUGGGCGUGCCGGCCACCGAGGUGAUCAACGUGGUGCCAAACACGCCAAUCCAUGAGGCCCCCAACCCCAACAACUGCAACGACCUGGUGGAGGUGCUGUUCUACGGCGACGUGAACGAGGGCCUGACCGCCCUCCGUGGGCCCGGCCAGGCGAUUGACGCCUUCAAGAAGGCCAUGUCACACCACCUCAUGAGCGACCUCCGCCCAGACCUGCCCAACGACACCAUCGUGGGCGACCUGGACCGCAAGCUGUGCGAACCCAUCUCCAUUGUCCUCGGCGGCAAGGUACAGACGAAGGAGCUCACCGAGGACCAACGGAACUACGCCAACUCGCACGGUGCCAGCAACCACAAGAACAUCAUCAGCGUGGCCUAUGAAACCACCGCGCAACGCGACUACGUGCGCGAGGGCGGCAUGUGGCUCUUCGAGAUUCCCACCCAGCGGUCCAGCUUCUGCAUCGUGUUCAUGCCCCUGGCCACCAAGUGGGCGCCCGGCGUCCUAGAGCAACUGUCGACCACCGUCUUCUACCGCACUGUCCGCCAGAACGGCUCACUGCCGCGCGUCACGCAAGACGAGAUCAUACACAUCGGCAAACAACUCCUGCAGCGCUACACCACCAUCGACAGCAAGAUGCUUGAGAUGGCGGAGGAAUACGCCAACACCAACGGCCAGCCCUUCGAUGAGGCGACGGCCAACCGGGCCUGCCUCGCCGACAUCAUGGGCAACACCUCGCCGUUCAACGCCAUCCCGGACAACGAGCUGCAGUACUACACCUUCGUGAUGACGAACGGCGCAUGGCAGCCGCUGGCCCUGCUGCAGUCCGAGACUGAGCGCUACUACGUCGUCGAGGCUCUGACGGUGGCACCGGCCAACAACAUGUCGCACCUGACCCACCUCGGAGCAGCACGGCCCCACCGCUGGCUCAGCAGAUUCCGGGACUUCGCCGACCCGGCCAACCACCACCUGAAGUUCGCCCGCGCCCUGGCGCUGCCGGCGGACAAGUGGGAGCUGGACGCGAUCCUGCCGGCCCGCAGCGGCCUGUGCCGCGAGGACAAGUGGCUCAGCGGCCGCUACCCCAACAUGGACGGCCCCAACUAUGAGCACCCGGAGGCGCACACCUACCUGAUGGCCGCUGUGGCCAGCUCCACACGCCCGCCGGAGCGCCUACUGCAGGUCGCGGAGUUCUGCCUCACCGGCAACCAGCUGCCCACGGUGGCCGGCAACAACACACGGGAGCGCAACGCGGUGAAGCCCAACCUGCUGGUGGCGGGCUACCGCAUGGCCACCAUGCCCCAGAUGGCCCUGACCCAGCCCGCCGCGGCGCCGGCCAACAUCAUCGACGAGGACGAGGAGGGCUCUGACUAAACAACCCAAGAACCCCACGACCCACGCCGACCAACCAGCGCCACGCCCCCCCUGGACCUACCUAUGCGGGCCAGACUGUGGGACAAGAUGGGAGGUCACGGGGGCCUCUACCAGUAGCCGUGCAUGUACCCUGCUGGCGAUCGCAAUAGACGCUAGUGCCAGUGAAGAGACGGUUGAGACAGAUGACUGUUGCAUUGAAGUGACGGCUGUUACUACUGCAAGGUGUGAACACGCGCAACUCGUGUCGAUAGAAGAGCACAGGAAUGAUGCGACGGGCAACCCUAAUCCCGCCCAGGGUAGAUCAAUUGAUUUGGCUUUCAGGACGCAGAAGCUUGGGUUUAACAGGCUGACAACCACUGAAGAGACGGUUGAGAUGGAUGACUGCUGCAAUGAAGCGUCGGCGGCGACUACUGCACGGUGUGGCCACACACAACUCGUGCCGGGAGAAGAGCAGAAUACUAUUGCAAUGGGCAACUAUAACCCUGCCCAGGGUAGAUCAACUGAUUUGGCUUUAAAGACGCAGAAGCCCGGAUUUAACAUGUUGAUAGCCACUGAAGAGAUGGUUGAGACGGGUGUUGGUUGCAGGGAAGUGCCGGUUGAGACUACUGCACGGUGUGACCACAAGCAACCCGUGUCGGCAGACGAGCAGAGUAAUGAUUCCAUGGGCAACUCCAACCCAGCCCAGAGUAGAUCAAUUGAUUUGGCUGUGAAGACGCAGAAGCCCGGGUUCUACAAGCUGAUAGCCACUGAAGAGAUGGUUGAGACAGAUGAUGGCUGCAAGAAAGUGUUGGCUGUGACUACUGCACGGUGUGAACACACUCAGCUCGCGUCGGUAGAAGAGCAGAGUAACGACGCUAUGGGCAACUCCAACCCAGCCCGAGGUAGAUCAGUUGAUCAGGCUUUGAGGACGCAGAAGCUUGGGUUCAACAGGCUGAUAGCGCACCCUAACCAUACAAGCGAUAUGCAAGCUGUGGCAUGCCAGACCCCGGAAAUGACUAAACGGCCGGAAAUGUGGGGCCUGAGUGGAGGGGAACUCAGUAAGAUUACUUGUCGCUUGUAGAUUACUUGUCAGAUACA